AUAGUCAUCAAUGUCAUGAGCCAACCCAUCUUAACUGCUCGUCGGGAGCACAUUGUAGGAGGAAGCCCACCAAGGCUCACUGUAACAGCAUCCUUCACCAGCGCACAGCUCGGCUCAUGAACAAAUGGACCCAGAAAAUAGUAGGGCAGGUCUUGCUCUCCCAAACCCACAAGGGCCCUCCAGUGCACCUGAAAUUGAACUUUCAGAAGUAUCUCUCCAUGAAAACCCUUUACUGGAGAAGGCUGCCUCAUCCCCACCAUGCCAUACAUGGCUGAUAUUUUUGAAGAGGGAGCUGGAAUUUCUGGGGGUAACUCAAAUUCUGGUUGGCUUGAUAUGUCUUUGUUUUGGAAUAAUUGUCUGCUCCGUGAUCAAUAUUUCAGAAUUUAAGGAAGACGUUUUUUCAUCAUUUAAAGCAGGCUACCCCUUCUGGGGAGCAGUGUUUUUCGCCAUUUCUGGAUUUUUGCCAAUUAUGUCUGAAAAGAAACACGCUACAUAUCUGGUGUGGGGAACCCUGGGGGCCAACACUGUCAGCAGCAUAGCUGCCGGAAUAGGAAUCUUCAUCCUGACGGUCAACCUGAGGAGGAGCUCGGCUUAUAUUUACAACUGCCAGGAAGCUUAUGGAAAGGACUUCUGUUUCAUGGCUUGUUUUUCCACUGAAAUUGUGGCGAUGAUCCUGUUUCUCACCAUUCUGGGAUUUUGCAGCGCCAUGUCCCUCAUAAUCUAUGGGGUUGGAGAAGUGGUCCAAGGAAACAAGAUUGCAGAAGAUCGUCUUUAUGAAGAAUUAAACAUAUAUUCACCGAUUUACAGUGAGUUGGAAGACAAAGUUGAAGCAUCUUCUCCCGCUGAUUCUUAAGAAUCAUGUCUUCAGGGGCGCCUGGGUGGCUCAGUUGUUAAGUGUCUGCCUUCGGCUCAGCGAGUGAUCCCAGGGUUCUGGGAUCGAGCCCCACAUCGGGCUCCCUGCUCUGCUGGGAGCCUGCUUCUUCCUCUCCCACUCCCCCUGCUUGUG